AAUUUAAACAUUUUAAACAAAUAGUGGAAAAAAAGUUAUUCCAUCAUCUCACCUAAUAAUAUAUACUAUUAGGUCGUUUUUCUAGGAAACACCAGACUUGAAAGAAAAUUGUGGAUUGAUUGCACUUCCGUAACGUUUGUAUGAUUUUAUGUUUAUCUGAAAUCUAGACUUCCUUGGCCUUUUGGCGGGAAAUUAGACCCUUAUUGAAAAAUAUUCUUGCAAUUUUCUUAAGAAUAACAAAAUAAUCAUGAACAUAACGCCAAAAAGUAUGGAAGACCUCAUCCUGAAAAAUAUGGGAGGGCAUGACAUAGAUCCCCACUUGAAAAAAUUGUUAGCAGAAUUGAAUACAUUGAAAGAACAAAUAUAUGGAGAUAAAACUAAAAACGAAAAAGAAGUAGAAUCAACAAUAACAAGAAAGGAGAGCAGCUUAGAGGUGAAAAAAAAAAUACCACAAAAAAGAAGAAAAAACACAGGAGAUGAUCCAGCAUUUAGAUCUUCAAUCGCUAUGUUUACUGAAAGAAGAAAGUCAGAUAGAUUAUCUGGUAAACUUCCAAGAUUUAAUUUUAUGGAAGAUAUCGAUGAAUUGGAAAAUCGAUCACUUUUCUCUAACGGUCAGUUAAAAUAUUCAAAGGAAAGGAUACAGCGAAGGUCUUUUUCCAGACAGCAACAGAUAUCAUGUGAUCGAGUUAUACUCGAACCAGAAGAAAUUACUCCUGAAAUGCUGGCUGAUAUUUGUUAUAAAGUGACUGAUAAAGUUUAUGAUAAGAUAAAUGGCUCUAGUUGUCAUCAAUGCCGGCAGAAGACAUUAGACACAAAAACGAUAUGCAGAAAUUUGGACUGUUUUGGUGUUCGUGGUCAAUUUUGUGGCCCUUGUGCAAAAAACCGAUAUGGGGUUGAUAUUGCAGAUGCUCUGCUUGACCCCUAUUGGUCUUGCUUUGUAUGUCAAGGAAUAUGCAACUGUUCAUUUUGUAGAAGUAGGCAAGGCAAGAGACCAACUGGAAUUCUAGCACCUAUUGCUAAAAGAGAAGGUCAUGAUUCUGUUAAAGAAUUUUUGGACGAAUUGAAGGUGAAGAUGUGCGAAGAGGACGACUACUCGGAAUAUAUGCAAGAUCCCGAAAGUAUUCUUGGUUUUAUAAAUCACGACACUGUUUGCACAGUAGGUGGAAAUGAAACAAUUUUUUGUGGGACAGGGACUGAGUGGAAAGCACCGAUAUUAUUUGACAUAAUUGAUUCACUGGAAAAUAAUUCAUGUUUUAGUGGAUUCAUAACAGAAUCAACAGUAAAUGCUAGUAAAAACAAAUUGAAUAGUAUUAUAGAAUCCCUAUCAGAGAAAUAGGUAGCUCAUUGGAUCAAAUUCUUAUUUUUUUAUUUUUGAGUAUACUUCAGUUUAUUGUAAAUAAAUCAGAUUUUAAGAAUAA